UGUUGAUUACUCGGUGCCGAUUAGUCGCCAGCAAUCUUGUUUUCUUUCCCCCAUUUGUGAUUCUUUGAAGAGGCCGAAAUCGAACGUCUCUCAGUCUGCAAUAGGAGCCUUUCGUGGGCUUAUCCUCUUAGUGUGAUGACAGAAAAGAGGGGACCAACAUACUUGUCAUUAAUACGAACUUCCUGUCCGUCAGGGACUGUGCAACCCUUCUUCCCCAUUUCUGUAUUUUAGCCAAUUGAAGUGGGAAAAUUUAGCAGGAGCUUUUGGGUUUUGAUUAAUUCUAUUGAAUUCAGUCUUCUUCUGGUUUUCCUGCUAACGAAACAAUUCUUGAAACGAGAAUCUUAACUCUGAUACACUGAAAGCUUGAAAGCUCUGAAAGUUGGAGAGCCCUUUGAUUGCUUCUGAUGGGCAUCUGCUUGAGUACCAAACCUGUAGUAGAAAUCGAUGAUGAUGCAGGGGUGAAGAAUUGUAAAGCUGAUAGUGAUAGCAGUAAUGGAAUGGACAAUGGUAGUGCAAGUAGCAAAAUCUCAUUGGCUUCAGUACUGCCUGCCCCUCGGAGUGAGGUCGAAAUCUGGCAAUCCUCCCAUUUGAAGAGCUUCUCUUUUGCAGAGCUCAAAGAGGCAACAAGGAAUUUCUGUCCUGUUAAUGUUCUGGGAGAACCUGCUUCUGGUUCAGUUUUCAAGGGCUGGAUUGAUGAGCAUUCUUUAACUGCUACCAAGCCCGGAACGGGAUUGGCUAUUGCAGUCAAAAGGCUUAACCAAGAUAGUUUUCGAGGCGACGGAGAGUGGUUGGCUGAAGUGAAUUUUCUUGGCCAACUUGUUCAUUCUCACCUUGUGAAGUUGGUUGGCUACUGCAUGGAGGACGAACAACAACUAGUUGUUUAUGAAUUCAUGCCUCGAGGAAGUUUGGACAACCAUCUGUUCCUUCGCGGGUCCUAUUUUCAACCGCUUUCUUGGGGCCUCCGCUUGAAGGUUGCACUUGGUGCUGCAAAAGGCCUCGCCUUUCUCCACAGUGAUGAAAGAAAAGUGAUCUACCGUGACUUAAGGACUUCAAAUAUUUUGCUUGAUUCUGACUACAAUGCCAAACUCUAUGAUCUUGGAUUUUCCAAAGGCACAGGAGCAACAGGCCGUAAAAGCAAUGUCUCUUCCAGGAUUUCGGGCACCUCAUAUGCAGCUCCGGAGUAUCUUGCUGCAGGUCAGGCAACCAGUUCGAGUGAUGUUUAUAGUUUUGGAGUCAUUCUAUUGGAAAUGUUGUCUGGAAGGAGAGCAAUGUACAAGAAUCGAACAUUUAGAGAACAUAAUCUCAUCGAAUGGGCGAAACCCUACCUUGCAAAGAAACGUAAGACUGCUCGAAUAAUCGAUGACCGACUCGAAGGCCAAUAUUCAUUGGAUGCAGCCUAUAAGUUAUCUAGUCUGAUAUUGCAAUGCCUGUCCGUUGAGCCCAAGUCUAGACCGAGCAUGAAUGAGGUUGUAAAAGAAUUAGAACAGCUACAAGACUCCAUAUCCACUACGAUCAAUACAACACAAAACCGCAUGGCUCGUAGGCAUAGUGCUGAUGAUGCCGAUACCCUUCCUAGUGCUCAUGCCCAACCUUCGACUCCUGUUUCCCCUGUUUAUUAGCAGAUGCAGGUGAUUGUUUACAACAGAUCUUAGGAAAAUGGCAGAAACAUAUUAUGGUUGAAUGAUUAUACUUCUUUUGCUAUUACCAUCUCUUCAUCUCAGCAAUACUUGGUCAGUUUGUAUAUAGAAAGAAUGGUUCAUUUUAAAUUUUUUUGUUUGAUUAUCUAAGAUACGAUACUCGAGAAGAAUCUGAUUAUAUGUCUAAGUUUAAACUCAGUUUACCUUUUGGCUUGAAGUUAUGCAAUUGCGAGCCUCAUGUUGCUUCUGAAAUGGAAGAGCAUUCUCUUUCAUGUAUUUCUUUGUUGUGUUAUGUUGGUGCCAUUUGAAAUAAAAGAACGAAAUUGUGAGCUA